CUGCGAUGACAGUUUCUAGCAGGUGACGAACCGGGCAAAGAACGAACCAAAAAAUUUGAUUGAAGCGGCCUUGUUGUUCCUUGAAGUUUUUAGAAGUUUUUGUUAAUAUCGGUAAAAUGGAUACAGAUUUCGAACCACUGGCUCCUAGUUUGGAAAACAUCAUCGAGCAGGAAACACUGAAGUGGAUAUUUGUGGGUGGUAAAGGUGGUGUUGGCAAAACAACUUGCAGUUGUAGUCUAGCGGUUCAGCUAGCGAAGGUUCGCGAAUCGGUUCUGAUUAUAUCGACCGAUCCUGCUCACAACAUUUCCGAUGCAUUCGAUCAAAAGUUCACCAAGGUACCGAGCAAAGUUAACGGGUUCGACAAUCUGUUCGCAAUGGAGAUCGAUCCAAAUGUAGGAUUGAAUGAGCUGCCGGAUGAAUAUUUCGAAGGCGAAAACUCGGCCAUGAAGCUUAGCAAGGGAGUUUUUCAAGAAGUGAUCGGAGCUCUUCCCGGAAUCGACGAAGCAAUGAGUUACGCGGAAGUUAUGAAGUUAGUCAAGGCUAUGAACUUUUCUGUUGUAGUAUUUGAUACGGCACCCACCGGACAUACUUUGAGGCUGCUGUCGUUUCCUCAAGUCGUCGAAAAGGGAUUGGGCAAGUUACUGAGAUUGAAAAUGAAACUGGCUCCAUUUAUAUCGCAGCUGGGGUCGCUUUUCGGUAUGCAGGAUUUCAAUGCGGAUACUUUGACUAGCAAGCUUGAAGAGAUGUUAACAAUCAUUCGGCAGGUCAAUGAACAGUUCCGCAAUCCGGAUCAAACAACGUUCGUCUGCGUGUGCAUUGCCGAGUUUCUUUCGUUGUACGAAACGGAAAGACUAGUACAGGAGCUAACUAAGUGCGGGAUCGACACUCACAACAUCAUCGUCAAUCAGUUGCUGUUCCGACGCGACGGUCAGGAACCAUGUGCUAUGUGUUCCGCUCGUUACAAAGUACAGGAAAAGUAUCUAGAUCAGAUUGCGGAUUUGUAUGAGGAUUUUCACGUUGUGAAAUUGCCACUGCUGGAUAGUGAGGUGCGUGGCGUAGAGAAUGUCAAGAAAUUUUCCGAGAACCUGAUAAAACCGUACGGUCCAAAUGAUGCGAAUCGAGUUGAAUAGUAAAGACCACAUUGAUUGGAUGUUUGAGAUGAAUGAGAACGAUCAGUUCGUUUAUUUUUUAUAUAUAAGACUCACAUAUAGUUUCCGUUGAAUGGUAAGUUUGUUAAUUACUUCCAGCUCCCGAAGAAUCGUGUUAAUAACGCGAAUUCCACAUGGGUUACAUUCUAUCGAUAAAGGUAUAUUUUCCGUACAAGUUUUUGGUUCUGCGAAAUACACGAGUUUAUUUAUUUGAGGGAAGUUUUCAAUUAUGCGACAUGUAAACAUCACUAGAUGCUAGGCUAGAAGUCAUUCGGCACCGUGAUUGUAAUAAAUAAAUUACAGUACAAUAAAGGUAUUCUACGUGUGUAAUUGGAGGAAGAA